CUCCUUGAUGCGACUCGAGAAUCGGUAAAAAUGCAACAGCAAUAUGAUCAACGACACGACAUCACCGCUGAUUGUUGUUACCAACAAUGGAUCUCUCAUCAUCAAAGCCAACACGCACAACCCGUGACGACGAGCUUGCCGUCCCCGAUGCAACAAAUGGAAGCAUGUUUGCAAUCGGCGGGAAGGGUGAAACGAUCCCGCAGCCCAAAUCUGUCGAAGACAGAUUCGCUGACACCCCAACCCACGAAUACCACGAGUUCGUCGUCGAUUUCGUCGGCCGCCGCCGUGGCCGAGUCCCGUAACGACAGCAACAACAACAAUCGUCAUCACGGCGAUCAUCAUCAUCAUCAUCAUCACCAUCACCAUCAUCAUCAUAAUCAUCAUCGUUCGUCGAGCGAGAACGGCGCGAACUCGUCGGAGGAGAUUUGCUCGAAGAGGCCUCUUCACCCCGCCCUUGUCGGGGCUGGAGCCGCCCUCGAAGCGAAACCACUUUGGGAAGAAUUUCAUCAAUUGGGAACAGAGAUGAUCGUGACCAAAGCUGGGAGAAGGAUGUUCCCCACUUUUCAGUGUCGAUUCUUCGGAUUGGAUCCGACCACCGAUUACCUGCUCGUGAUGGAUUUCGUGCCCUGCGAUGACAAGAGGUACAGAUACGCUUUCCACAGCAGCGCUUGGGUGGUUGCUGGCCGAGCGGAUCCAGUCUCGCCCCCGAGGAUUCACGUACACCCGGACAGCCCUGCGAGCGGGGCUCAUUGGAUGAAGCAACCGGUUUCCUUCGACAAGUUGAAACUAACCAACAAUCAGCUCGACGACAACGGGCACAUAAUCCUGAACUCGAUGCAUCGAUACCAGCCACGCUGCCACGUGGUAGUGGCGCCCUCGCCGCCGGGCUCUGCUCCCGACCCGCGCACCGAGAAUUUCAAAACGUUCACCUUCCCCGAGACGCGGUUCACCGCGGUGACCGCCUAUCAGAAUCACCGGAUCACCCAGCUCAAGAUCGCGAGUAACCCGUUCGCGAAAGGGUUUCGGGACUGCGAGUCGGACGAGUGCGAGUCGGCCACGGUUCCCGGCAUGCAGAAUCCGGCAAAGAGGGCCGCGACGGGAAGCGGCGGCACCGGCACCACGAUUUUGCCAACCACGACCAACUACGUGAACGCGAUACCGGCAGUGCAAAUCCCGAGUAUAUCGGGCCAAGAGCAUCAUCAAUUUUACGGCGCUACGGCAGCGGCGGCGGCGGGACCUUGGGCCUACUCUGGACACCAUGGACAACCGCACAUGAAUUCUAUCCACUAUCCCGCGCACCAUCAUUCGCAUCCUGGACCACCUUCGUUAUACGGGCCACGGUAAUUGGUGCAUCAUAGG